AUGUCUCUCCGAGUUCUCCAAGCUGCUUGCGCUGCCUCUGUGACGCUCUUGCGCGGCCAGGCAGUUGCAAAGUCUCAUGAACAGGCUCGCGCUGUUGCGAGGCCGCGCUUUAAUGGCACUGGCGGUGAGCUCCAUCCAAUCAGGUCUCGCGACUUCGGUUUUAGCGGGAAGACGAAGUGCUGCACGGGAAAGAAAGAGCGCAAAGGUCUUCUUCAAGGUAAUAAACCAAAGACAGAAAUUGAUGUAAUGCCUGAAGUAUCUUCCCUUUUUACCACUGGAGGUAUUAAAAGACAUGUGAUGGAGAAGAAGAAUGGAGCUCUAAAAGUUACAAAGCUGAAUACUUCUCUUGCAUCUAAAUUCAAAACCAAGAUAAUUAGCAACUCCUCACUUUUUAAAAGUUCUUUGAAAUGUAAUAAUAAGGCAUUGGCCAUGGCCCUCAGUAAGGAGAAGGAAAAUUCUCGGCGGCUGAAAAAUGAAAAGCUAUUAUUACAAAAAGAAUUGGAUGGGCUGAACUUGCAAAAUGUCUUACUUCGCCAAAAGCUAAGUUACUUGAACAAAACUCUAAAAGAAAUUCAAGCAUUCAUGAAUAAUAAUAUUUUAACUGCAAUUGAAAUAAGCACCUUUUCUGAGUGUAUUCCAAAACCUGUAACAAUGGAUGAUGCUCAAUGCAGCAAUUCUGGUCAUGAAUCCAAUCUUUCAAAUCAUCAAGUAAGACCUACUGAGCAAAAUUUGAUCACUCCUCAUAUUGUAGAAACUGAUGGGGGGAAAAAAAGGAACUUCUUUGUAUGUGACACAGAUGACCCUUUUAAGCAGAUAUCUGUACUAUCAAAAGAAAUUGCAGCUGAUCAAAUAAACAUUCAGAUAUUAGACCCUAAGCAAAUGCCAAAACCAAGUGAAAUAAAUAAAGUGGAAAAAGAAUUUGCCACAAAUACAUUUCCAGAAGAAAAGCAAUCCCAUAUGGAACAAAUCUCCAAUAGUACCUUUCUAGAUUAUGCAUCAUCUACAGAUGAAUAUGAAAGACAAUCAAAAGGACAUAAUAGUCCCUUUCCAAUCCAUGGAUAUAUAACCGAAAGAAAGAAACAAAUGUGCGUUUCAAGUAUUCACCCUGUUCUAAACAAUUUUGAUACCAAAAAAGACAGAAAUUGCAUAUUGCAUUUUUACACAGCCAAAGUUUACACUAAUAAUGAUAUAGGUAAUCAGAGAGCCCCAAAUGUUUCGCAUAUUGAAUUGACUUCCCAGCCUAACAAUAAGCCUAUUCACAUAAAUAAAGAAGAUUUAAUAAAAAGUCAAAAAUCAGAGGAAACUAUAUACGAUACUGAAAUGGAAUUAACUGCAAGUGAAUUGGGUGAAAUAGUCAUAAUUAAAUCUAGAGAUAAGAAAGUUAAUAAGGUUAAAGCUGACAAAAUUUCAGGAAGUUUAAGAAAAGUAAAAUUUGCAAGUACAGAAAAACAGAUUAAAAAUAAAUUUAGCAGUAAACCAAAAAAAAGUAAUGAAAAUAUUCCAAAACCCAUCCAAACCAUUAAACCAAAAAAACAGUUACUGCUGAAAGAAGAAUUGUUUGAAAAGACAACAGCUUUGGAAGUGAAACUGAAAAACAACAAUGAACAAGAUGUUGGGGAAGAUAAUAAAGACAGUAACAAAAAUUGCAAACACCUGCGUUUGGUAGAUCUCAAGUGUCAGCUGCAAACUACUAAUAUUUUAGAAACAGAAAAAGAGGAAAAAAUAAUUUCUGAAACAGAGGGUUUAGUCAGGCAGAAUCCAGGAGAAAAUUUGGAAGUAUCUACUGAACACAAUACACUAUUAGAAGGUAGUAAUGUUGAAAGUUUGCUACCAACAGCAAGCCACAUAAUGGGUGUUCAAGAGACUUUAGCUGUAAAUGAGAGUUAUCCUGUUACCUCCAAAAUCAGCAAAGCAAACUACUGUGAAAUAGAAAACAUGCAAUAUUUAAGAAGAAAUUUGAAAGGAUGCAGAUCAAAGGAAUACAGAUAUGACUGCCAAACAAAACAAGGUCAAAGAACCAGUAUAAAAAACAGAUGCAGCAGCAAAGAAGGUACUUCCAAAUACAGCAUAAUAGAAAAAGGUGCUUUAAAUGUUUCAAAGCUAGAUCAAAUUAAUGAAGACAUUUUACAAAGUGAUAAAAGAAGAAUUUUUGCAAAAGCUAGCCGGAAGACAAAUAUUAUAUAUCCAGGUUCUCUUAAUCAGAAAAAAAUGUACAUGAAACAGAAAUUACACAAUGAAAAAUUAUAUGAUGAAAAUAUUCCACAUAAGCCAUCUGAAGACAGAGGAAGAAUUUUCAGUGUUCAGAGAGUAAAUUCAUGCUCCAUAAAAGAUGCUGAAAUUUCUAUUGAAACAUUACAUGAAAAAGAAGGUUCCACAUCAAAGCCAAGCAGAAAAACUUACUUUGUUUGCACACAUGAUCAAAAUAAAAGGGAGACUAUCCCCAUUCUGAAUAACUCUGAGAGAUAUUAUCAAGAAGAAAAUGAUUGUGUUUCUACAGAGAAGGCGGACAUAACUUACGAAGAAUCAUGCAACAGAGAGCCAGUGCAAGAUUCUGGGAACAAGCCUCUUCAAGAACUGACAAAUAUUGGCAUAAAUUCACAUCCCAAAUCCAAGAAAGAUACCGAAGAACAUUUUGUACCACCUAUUAGACGCAGACGAGCAACAGUUUGCUACAAAGAACCCAGUAUCAAAAGCAAAUUGAGGAGAGGAGAGGAUGUCACAAAGGAUAUAUUUCAUAAUUCUCCAGUCUUCAAAGUUAAAAAUAAGCAAAGUUUCAAGAGUAAAUCCAGAUUAAUCUAAAGGAAAUAUACAGAAAACAAUGAUUUCAAUGAAUACUCUACCUGUCAAACAGAUUUUAUCUUUCUUUCUUAACAAUUUCACUUAUUUUAUUUUCCUUUGAUUGUUCUCUUUAAUCUCUCACUAAGUUUAAGAAUGAAAUGAGCAAAGUUAAACUGUAUUGGAAAACAUUUUAUUAUUAAUACAAAUUUAAACAUAGCAUUUCCUGAAUUAAAAUGAAUUUAAAAGUUAUAAAUUGUAAGUAAAAUAAAAAUGAAAAUGAAAACAGUUGUAAGUGAAUAAA